UGCGAAUAGACAAAAAUCAGAUUACGUAAUUUGUUUCAACUUAAAGCUUCUAUGAAAUUUUUUAUUUAAUGACCAUUUCUAUGUUGGAAAACAUCAUUAAACUUAAAAAGCAUUUUAAACAAACAAAAAAAAGUUGAUAUUUGAAGCAUGGCUGCAGCUGUAUCAUUUAAAAUAAUUUUAGUAGGGCAAUCAGGUGUUGGAAAAACAGCUUUGAUGCGACGCUAUGUAAAACGAUAUUUUCCAGAAAUCGAAGUAUCAACAAUAGGUAUAGAUCUUGGCACUAAAGUUAUUGAUUUAGAUGGAAUUAAAGUAGAAUUAAAAAUCUGGGAUAGUGCAGGAAGUGAGAAGUUUAAAAGCUUAACAACAAGUUAUUACAGAAAUGCUGACGGUGCUAUAUUAGUAUAUUCACUUGAGAAUGCAAAUUCUUUAUUUGAACUACAAUCUUGGUCACAAGAGGUUUGUAGUCAUGGCGAUAUGAUACGAAUUUUGGUUGGCAAUAAAAACGAUCUUGUUGAUGAACGAGUAAUAUCAGAAGAUAUGGCGUUAAACUUUGCGUUGCUUGAAAAUAUUGAGUUGGUUGUAGAAUGUUCAGCCAAACGUGACGAUAAUGUUGAGUAUCUUUUUAGAACAAUAGCAAAAAAAAUGCUCAACAAGAAGUUAGAAAAAGAUAAUACUAUACUUAAAUCAAACGCAUUUAAAAUUAGUGGAAGCAAAACAACAAGUACGUUAAAUCCAAGAUUAAAAGCAAAUACUAAACCGUUAUUUAAAAGGUUUUGCAUUAUUUGAUAAAUUUCUUAACAUUAAUAACUGUAACAAAACAAACAAACAAACAAACAAAAAAACGCAAAAAUACUGUUUGCAACCGCAAAUACAAGUAAAAUAAGUAACAUCGUUAGAUGAUCUUUAUUAUCAUGCAAAAGAUUUUUAUAAAGUCAAGUUAUUCUAGUUUACAUUUUCUGACAAUUUGAUACAAGUCAUAUUAAGUUAUUGUAUUCGUUUCAAAAGUCACAACUUUAAAAGCUGUGUGGUAUUAUUAGCAUUAUUUUUAAAUUAACAUUAGAUGGAACUAAUAAUUGACAUAAUUUUCAAAUUAUCAUUAGAUGGAACAUCAAGUGUAACGUGUACGCGUUAAGCAGUAAAUAAAAUAGUUCUGAUAAAGUUUAAUGUAAUUUUUUAUACAUUUAUAAAUUUAUUUUAAUAGA